AAUAACUUUCUUUUUCGCAUAUUUAUAUCCGGUUUAUGGACGGGGGAAACGGCUCGGCAUAGUGGCGAUGGCGUUUCUCGGAUGAUGGGCAACGAUUCGUUCCCAAAGACCACAUGUACCUCCUGGCGCGGAUUGCCACGGAUAUGGGGCACGCUCGUGCGGGUGGACUAGGACGGUCGGGGGAAGGGGUUCAGUAUAUUAUCUAUACCGAUGAUUCAAGCAGGUUAUGGGACGCGGUGUGGUUUCAUAUGCGAUUGAAAACAAGAUUAUGUGCAGUGCAUGUUCGCCCUGACCUAAGCAAGAAGUCUGCUCCAUCAUAUGCCGCCAUAUUGGUAGUUCUGGGUAUUUUCCGAUCCUUCCUAUCCAACCUGCUUCGGAAACGAUAUUGGAGAUGAUAUUGGAGAUGCGGGAACGCCCUCUUCCAUGCAUAAGUCGCUUCAUCCAUCCUAAGAAAGGCCGUGCCGCCGGUUGAUCCCCUGCCAUAUUUAUAGGCUGCUCGCUUUCAUCACUAUUAUCCUUCCCUGCAC